AGCCCGAGCUUAAUUCCUACCUGUUUUCAAGACUAAAGAGUAGUCUGCUGUAUAACUAUAAAUGUGAGUUUAAGAAAGUUCAUCUUCUUAGAGGACAUGAGUAAUACAAUACAAAAUGCAAAAGUGAUAAAGAUGCUCUUAGAACACAGUUUUGCACUAUUCUUCUGCAUAAUCUGCAGCAGCCAUCCAACUGCCAGCUUUUAUCUGGGUCUUUAGGUCAUCCCAAUAUCUUGUAAUUUUCCCUUGUUUUAUCUUGCUUUCAUUCAGGUUUCCUUUUUACUGCAACAGUCUAUGCUUCUCAUUUUAGUCUUGCCCUGUCUUGGAAAAUACCCAGUUCAAUAUUCCUGCUAUGGCAUAGUCCUAAACAUGCACCCCUGACCUCUAGCUCUUCCCCUCCACCAAAUGAUGAGCAAGUAUCUACUGCUGCUUCUAAACUUUUAAUACUUUUGUUUAUGAACUGGAAGCUUUUGCUAUGAAGUUAGUAAAUUAAUCUUCCCCUUUGGCAAGCUAAUUAUUAUGGUAUGGAAUUCUAAAAAUAAUAAAAAUUCUGGUUAUGAAAGACUAAACAUGAGCUGAUCCUUGGUUCCCUUUUAAAAUUUGUGGAGCUGAUUUUUGUAGAAGGCUCAGAAUCAUUUGGGAAUCUUUGGGAAUGUGGAGAGACCUUUUCACGGUAAGAAACUUACGGUUUCUGACUGGCUGAAGAGAAAUAAUUAAAUAUUCCAAACACAAUGAAGUGUCAGUCUCUGCUAAAUAACCAAAAUUUCUUUCAGGCUGGACCAUUAACCAAAGUGAUGAUUUGUGAGGACAAAGAAGGAAAACCUAAGUCUUUUGGAUAUGUCUGCUUUAAACACAAAGUAUCGGUGCCUUAUGCAAAAGCUCUGCUGGAUGGAAUCCAUUUGUAUGGAAGACCAAUUACCGUGCAGUAUUGGAGGGGGAGUUCUCACUCACCAGAACUAGACAGUUGUACAGAUGGUUUUGAACACCGUAUUGACUUAGAUUCUCCUGCAGGCAGGCAUCAAGAACUUUCUGGAAAUUCUCUAUUUCCUGUUACCCCUUUGCUAGUGAACAACAGUUUACUUCAUGAUCACCCUGGCUUUCAAGAGGUGAAUAAAACUGCACAGUUUAAGACUGCACAGAGUUCUCCUGAAUUGGCCACAUCCAAGUAACCGUGAAGUGCACCAAGCAGGAUGAAAGAAAGAGAAAAUGGCAAAGUUGUGACCAUGACACUAGAACUGAAGAUAAUAAAAGGAGACAAAGACAGCAUGGCCAAAACUAAAAAAAAAAAAAAAAAAA